GACGGAUAGUCGCUGGUUCAGUCCGGAGCCCGGCGUUUUGCGGACCGACUUGACGAAGUUCGAAAACCGCCCGGAUUUCUACUACCCGCCGACCAACUCCUGUGUUUGCGACGGUCUCCCGGAUUUUUCGGGAGAGAAUGGCCACGGUUUUUAUGAAACAAGCUUGAUUUACGAGGACGACGCGAAUGCCGUACUGGCGCCCCAGUUGGGCAGAGAUGUCCUCGACCAGCCGGCCGUCUUCAGUGGCGUGGCGUUUUAUCUGAAGGCAGCUACUGCGUCGGAGGGGACGGCGGGCACCUUUAUUAGCAAAGCGCCGCCCGGAGCGGUCGCCCAGAAGAUCUUGCCCAGCUGCUUUCCCUGCAGCGGGGUGCAGAACUUCACACAGUUUGGUAUCCACGACCUGUGUGCGGAAGUGACAAUCUUAAAGAAGUCCUACGUUUGGGAAAAGGUACUAGAAGUGUUGAUAUACUAUUCAUUUGCAAGAAAAAGCUUCUCCUAAAUGUGACCUGUAUGGCGCAUCUGCUGAGACGGUAAGUACUAGUGUGCGUGCCGAGGCUGGUCAAAUAUCAAACUCAGACAAGUUAGCUGACCUGAUCUAGUGCAAAACGCUUUUUGAUGCAAACGCCAAGCUCAGUUUCCUUUCGGUGCCACAGGUUGUAAGCUUGUGCUUUUUUUACAUUGUAAUUCGCAUGAUUGAAGAUUGCUUCUUGUCAUUGUCACAUGAUCGCUGAACGAGGCAUAUUAAACUCAACAACCGAUCCGAUUGCACUCGCGGUCCAUCCCAACAACGUCGGGCCUCGAAUCUGGGCUCCGGUAUGACAAUGCACAACUCCACCCCCUCCCCCUCAACAUUUGUCAUGCAAAAUUCCAAAUCCACCCUUUGCCUGUUAGCAUUGUUUUCAUGACAGAUUCCGGAAUGAUCCAAAACAGCACUACAAUCUUGUAGAAAUUUGUCAUGCAAAAGCUGCAUCUUUGCCAGCGCUUGUGUUGCUGUUCAUGCAACACAAAUGAAGGGGGAGGGGCAGGGGGAGUUGUGUACUCUCAUUUCCGGCGCACGCAUUGUACAAGACCAGCAGUGGUUGCUUCUGUAAUCCCGAUCGCGUUAUCCUGUGCAAAAGUAUCGUACUCGUAUUGCAGUCAUGCAUUACAAAUAUCUUUCUCAAGGUAAAACGGCAUUACAAAUUUUAUUUCUCAUGCUGGGAAAAUUUGUAAUGCAUUUAUACGAGUGCGAUAGGAUACUUUCGCAUUUCAUACGCGUAGUCGUCUGGACAUGGAACGGAACCAGUGGCACGGAUGGCAGUGGUAGUACUGCUAGUAGUGGUAUUCAAUCAGCCGUCACCACGACCAGUGCCCAACAGCAAUCUACUCCGUCGUCGAAUCAGACCAGCACGACUUCAGCGGGCGAUGAAACAACUACAACCACAACCAGCCCGGCUCCAAGGCUUGCCACUUUCGACGCCGGGCCCUGCGGCCUGACGAAGGCGACCGCAAUCUACGAUGCCGAUGAACUAUCGACAACACAAGGCAGGCAGGUCCGACCGUGCGGGUUCGCGCUUUCCUGGGUCAUGCUGAGGACCGUUGAAUUUUUUCAUAGCUCACAGCAGUUGCAAGAAGGUGGUGCAACGGGGUCAUCGUCGUCUUCGAGCAACAAUAGCACAAAUUCUUCGAUGCAAAUUCUCCAACCCGUGUACGGAC